AUGGGGCGUAUUGUUGAUGAAAUAAAAUCCCGGUCGUGGACCAAAGGCGACUACCUCAUUUCUACCAAUGCUUCCCUGAUACCAUUGACGAGAUUAUGCGAAGUCUUCUCGUCUGAUACCUUUUACUGGGCAAAGUCACUGCCAGAAGAGGUUAUGCGCGAAACAUUGGAAAACUCCAUAUGCUUUGGACUGUACAAGUCCGAGUCUACUGACGGAGAGGCCAACGCCCUCAAUCCAAAAGAGCCGGAAGCCACGCAGCUCCUGGGAUUUGCCCGGUGCAUUACCGACUGUACCACAUUCCUGUACGUCACGGAUGUGUGGGUAGACCCAGCGACUCAAGGCAAAGGCCUAGGAAAAUGGCUGGUCGGCUGCAUAAAGGAAGUGAUUGACACUAUGCCAUAUCUAAGGCGCAGUAUACUAUUCACAGGAGACUGGGAACGUUCCGUACCAUUCUAUGAGAAACUCUUGGACAUGACUCUGGUCGAAACGAAAAAGGGCAAGACUUUGGCCUUGAUGGAACGUAAAGGGCCUGGGCACCCCAGCUUUGCAUAG